CUUAGAAUCCGUCUCUUCUGGUAUUGGGCCGGGUAGGACUACUAGGAUAGUACUCUCCUCCUUCGUCUCCAUCGCAGCACCUCAAUACCAAUUCCAAACCCCAGGGAAAUUAAAAAAUAACCCUCACUUUCUCAAUUCUCAUCCAUGGCUUCCCAAAUGCACUAAAAUAAAAAACACACCAAUCCCAUCUCAUUCCCCACAAAUCCAUGCACUCCGCAAUGGACUUCGCAAGGCUCAACACUCCCAAACCUCCGCCCAUCUUCACGCGCCCCCUCACCUGGGUCACCUCCACCGCCCUCCGCCUCCACCGCCGCCAACUAUCUCCACCUCCCCCGCCGCCGCUACCUCCCCCCUCUCCGCCGCCACCUCCUCCUCACCCCUCACUCUCCUCUAUACCUUCUAUUCUCACCAGUAAAACUCUUGACUCUUCCAAAUGUAAAUCCAUUCUCCCCCACUUAACCCCCCACCACUUCGAUCGCUUGUUCCUCUCUCUCCACCGCACCGUCAACCCCAAAACCACGCACGAGUUCUUCCGUUUCGCCACUCGCCACUGCAACUUCCGCUUCACCGUCCGCUCCUACUGCCUCCUCCUCCGUUCCCUCCUCGCCGACAGUUUCGUGCCGCGGGCCAGGUUCCUCCUCGCCCGCCUAAUCGACGGCCACGUUCCGACGUGGUCGUCGAAGACGACGACGUCGUUCCACGACCGCCUCCGCGAAAUAGCCUCCUCAAUGCUGGAGCUAAAUCAGGGUUCCGACGAACAACGACUCGGCGAAUUGGAUUUGCUGCUCCACAUUCUCUGCUCUCAGUUCAAGUGCUUAGGUUCUCGUUGCGCUUUUGACAUCUUCGUUAUGUUCUCCAAGAGAGGUGUUUUCCCGUGUUUGAAGACCUGCAAUUUGUUGUUGAGUUCUCUGGUGAAGGCCAAUGAGCUCCACAAGAGCUACGAGGUGUUUGAUCUCGCCUGCCAAGGCGUGGCGCCCGACGUUUUCACGUUCACCACCGCGAUUAACGCGUUCUGCAAGGGAGGGAGGGUUGGGGAUGCUGUGGAUUUGUUCUGCAAGAUGGAGGGGCUCGGGGUUUUUCCGAAUGUGGUCACUUACAACAAUGUGAUUGAUGGCUUGUUCAAGAGUGGGAGGUUUGAGGAGGCGUUGAGGUUUAAGGAUAGGAUGGUUAGGAGCAAGGUGAAUCCGAGUGUUGUGACUUAUGGUGUGCUGAUCAGUGGUUUGAUGAAGUUGGAGAUGUUUGAGGAGGCGAACGAGGUGUUGGUGGAGAUGUAUAGCAUGGGGUUUGCUCCCAAUGAAGUAGUUUUUAACGCGCUGAUCGAUGGAUACUGCAGGAAGGGGGAUAUGGGUGAGGCGUUGAGGGUUAGGGAUGAGAUGGCAAUGAAGGGAAUGAAGCCUAAUUUUGUUACUUUUAAUACUCUUUUGCAGGGUUUUUGCAGGAGCAAUCAAAUGGAGCAGGCUGAGCAGGUAUUGGUGUAUAUAUUGUCGAGUGGGUUGUCUGUGAACAUGGAUGUGUGUUCCUAUGUGAUUCAUCGGUUAAUGGAGAGGUCUGGGUUUGUUUCAGCUUUAAAAAUUGUUACCAAGUUGUUGUCGGGGAACAUCAGGGUUAGUGAUAGCUUGUUAACCCCAUUGGUUGUUGGACUUUGUAAAUGUGAAGGACAUUCAGAGGCAAUUGAGCUUUGGUUUAAGCUGGCUGCAGUUAAAGGGCUUGCAGCCAAUACGGUGACCUCAAAUGCACUUCUCCAUGGACUUUGUGAACGAGGGAACAUGGAGGAGGUUUUCGAAGUACUCAAGCAAAUGCUUGAGAAAGGUUUAUUGCUGGAUAGGAUCUCUUACAACACACUUAUUUUUGGCUGUUGUAAAUGGGGUAAAAUUGAGGAAGCUUUCAAACUCAAGGAAGAGAUGGUUCAGCAAGAAUUCCAACCAGAUACGUAUACCUACAAUUUUCUCAUGAAAGGAUUGGCUGAUAUGGGUAAAAUAGAUGAUGUUCAUAGGCUUUUGCAUGAAGCCAAAGAAUAUGGCUUUGUUCCAAAUGUCUAUACAUAUGCACUUUUAUUAGAAGGAUAUUGUAAGGCUGAUCGCAUUGAAGAUGCCGUGAAAUUCUUUAAGAAUUUAGAUUAUGAGAAAGUAGAGCUAAGUUCUGUUGUAUAUAACAUACUUAUUGCAGCCUACUGUAGAAUUGGGAAUGUGACGGAAGCCUUCAAACUGCGUGAUGCUAUGAAAAGUAGGGGCAUUCUACCUACCUGUGCUACAUAUUCUUCUCUAAUACAUGGAAUGUGCUGUAUUGGCCGUGUUGAUGAAGCAAAGGAAAUUUUUGAAGAAAUGAGAAAUGAAGGCUUGCUUCCAAAUGUAUUUUGUUAUACUGCUCUAAUUGGUGGUCACUGUAAGUUAGGUCAGAUGGACAUAGUGGGGAGUAUCUUACUGGAAAUGUCUUCAAACGGCAUACGACCUAAUAAAAUUACCUACACUAUUAUGAUUGAUGGGUAUUGUAAAUUGGGAAAUAUGAAAGAAGCUAGGGAGCUUUUAAAUGAGAUGAUAAGAAAUGGAAUAGCUCCAGAUACCGUCACUUAUAAUGCAUUGCAAAAAGGAUAUUGCAAGGAAAGGGAGCUAACAGUUACUUUACAAAGUGAUCAUAAAUCUAACAUAGGACUACCCUUAGAAGAAGAAAUUACUUAUAACACAUUGAUUCACAAGUUGCAUCCACAUACAGCAAUUAGCAAUAGAGAAUGAUGAGGAAACUUCUCAAACUUUGGAUGCUUACUUGAUACCAGGGUUUAUAUGGUUGAGCCUGCUAUUGUUUAGCUUGAUUCCAAAAACCUUGUUAUCUGGAAGAUGAAGCUUUCAUCACAGCUUGAUCUCCAGAUGUGUGGAUGAAUAGCAUCAACUAAAGCAGCAUACUGUUGACUUGGCUUCCUAGUUAAAAAUGAGCAUUGGUUUUCAGAGGGCAUUGGUUGGAUGGCAGACCUUGGGGGUAUUGGAGCAGCAUUAAAGAUUUUUUGAAAAAAGACUACUAGAGGAUCUUCGAUAGCAAACAUGGUACAUUUAUUAGAGACUCAGCAGAGCAAGGAAGAGGAUCACUUUUCAGAUAUAAUGUUAUGGCUAAAGCAAAAUAAAGCAAAACGUUCAAUCUGUGAAACGGUAUGUGCUGUUGGUAAGAUAACUUGGUCGAUUUUGAAGCUUCAAGAUGCCCCCCCUGCAUUUAAGGAACAUGUGAUUUUGAUGAUUGGUAGCUAACAAAUUUACAGUUGGAAGUGAUAAUACAGGCCCUGGAUAGAGCUAUGAAAUGUUAAAUUUCUAAAUUUAUCAUACGUCUUCGCAAAUGACCUUUUGGUUCCCCCAUCUGAGGCCUUUCUGAACAAGGCUGGAACAAUUCUGGAAGAAGACAGACCAAAAGAACUAACAAAAAUAUGAAAGGAGGCUGGAAUAAUUUCUUAGUAGUCAUUCUUCUAAAUAAAACCCUGGGCGUAAUUAUACAUUACAUGUUUGAUUUGCAGUUGCAAAUGCUACGAUGCGUGUUCCAAUGUAAAUCCAACAGAUAAAAGCAAAAUGAACGCAAAAAUAAGGAUCAUGAUCUGCUGGCAAAA